AAGAAACUCGCCUUACAAGAUUCGUCGGCUCUGAUCAAAGGGUAUUUUCAUGCAAAUAUCACAAAGAUUAUUCUUCAAAUGUUCGAAACUUUUGAGUUAAAACAGUUUAGUUCAGGCUAGAACAUUUAAAACCAUUUACGAACGACAAUCGGUCGAGACUGUUUGUUGAGUUGCAUGGGUAUAAUUUGCUUGAAAACAACUAAGGAUCAACUCAGGAGUUCCUUCUAUUAUUUAUUUAUUUAUUUAAUUCUAUUUUCCGAGGACAACUACCUCGGUUUCGUUGGUUAGCUUUCUUGAACUGCACAUUGGGCAUUUCCGCAAACUUGUAAUUGUCAAUUUCAAGAAUUAUGUUUCACAGAAUAAAAUUUUCUGAAAUUGUUUUUUUCUAAAUAGUUCUCACUUUAAAAGAAAGGCAUAUCUGUCACUCCUGAUUACCAAUUAACCCUAAAGGCCAGGGAAAUAAAAUGAACGAAUGGUGUAGAUUUAAAAGAUCAUAAUGAAGGUUGAUCAAUUUAGAAAACUGGGAAUAUGGAGGACAUAUAUUCACAGUCAAGCUCACUUGUUUGAUCCAUCCGAUGAAUAUAGUUAAUUAAUUUUGUCUUUUUUUAUUUACUGAAUACCCGAGCUUUCUGUCAUGGGUAAUAUUUGUGUAAAAAAGAGUGACCAUGAACAGAUUAUGCCUCAACACAGCCUUAGGGACAAUCCUGAAAUCACCAUUGAAACUCCCAUGUCCGGUGACAGUGGAAUGGAAAGUGGAAAUGGUGGAAUAACUCAGCUUCAUGAGCGUCAGCGCUAUCCUAAUUGCACACCUAAUACACCAAUCCCAAAUUUUUCACCCGAUGGUAUUAGACAAGGAAACAACUGCUUAAAAAUUGUUGUUGCUUUGUAUCCUUACAAUGCUCGUGACCAAGGUGAUCUCAGCUUCAGAAAAGGUGAUCGCUUAGGAAUUCUUGAUGACAGUGAUCCUGAUUGGUGGCAUGCUUGUCAUUUAUCCAAUCAACAAAAUGGAUAUGUGCCUCGCAACUAUGUUGCUCCUGAAAAGACUGUGGAAAGUGAAGACUGGUUUUUUGGCCGUGUAUCUCGCAAAGAAGCUGAAAAGAUGCUUAUGCUGCCAUCAAAUCCUAGGGGAGCUUUCCUUAUUCGCAACUGUGAGCAAACUACAGGUACUACAAAAGGAGCAUAUUCUUUAUCUAUAAAAGAUUGGGAGCAUCAAAAAAGUGAUCAUGUUAAACAUUAUAAAAUCAAAGCUAUGGAUAAUGGUGGUUUCUAUGUAACUACGAGAAAGACAUUUGUUACACUUCAAGAGUUAGUCGCUUAUUAUUCUGGAGCAAAUGGCUUGUGCCAUAAACUGACAAUCCCUUGUCCAAAACCAAAGCCACAUCUUUGGGAUCUUUCACCAGAUACCAGGGAUGAAUGGGAAAUACCAAGAUCGUCAUUACAACUUAUUAGGAAAUUAGGUAGUGGAAAUUUUGGUGAUGUUUGGUAUGGUAAAUGGAAAGGAACAACAGAAGUUGCUGUUAAAACACUAAAAUCAGGAACCAUGGCUCCAUCAGCAUUUCUACAAGAAGCUACAAUAAUGAAGAAAUUCCGACAUGAAAAACUAGUAUCUUUGUUUGCUGUUUGCUCUAAAGAAGAACCUAUUCUUAUCAUAACAGAGUAUAUGGUGAAUGGAAGUCUUUUAGAAUACCUAAGAAAUAAAGAAGGCAAAAAUCUGAGGCUUCAUGCUCUUAUUGACAUGGCAGCACAGAUCGCAAGUGGCAUGGCAUAUCUGGAGCGCGAGCAGCUUAUUCAUAGGGAUCUGGCUGCUCGAAACAUUUUAGUUGGUGAUAAUAAUAUUGUUAAGGUAGCAGAUUUUGGCUUGGCUAGAAUAAUAGAAGACUCUGAAUACACAGCUCGGCAAGGAGCCAAGUUUCCCAUUAAAUGGACUGCACCAGAAGCUGCUUUACUAGGAAGGUUUUCUAUCAAGUCAGAUGUUUGGUCGUACGGUAUACUACUCUAUGAACUCAUUACUCAUGGCCAAGUUCCUUAUCCAGGCAUGCACAAUCGUGAAGUGAUAGAACAAGUUGAACGAGGUUAUAGGAUGCCAAAACCUUCAAAUUGCGAGUGUCCUGAUUCUGUUUACACCAAAAUGUUAGAAUGCUGGGAUGGGGACCCUGAAAAAAGACCCACAUUCGAGUUCCUCUUUGGUUUCUUUGAUGAUUACUUUGUCUCAACAGAGCCAAGUUACCGCAAUGCUGAAGAUUUUUGAAGUCCUGAAAAACCAUGUGAUUUAUGAAAUGCCAGCUGGGGCUAUGUCAUAAUAUUUAGAUAUUUAAAAAGAAAAAGUUUUUAUUAUGACUGUUCCAUAAUAAUGUGCAUUUUCAGCUAUGUAAAAUUCAGCUAUGUAUGUGCUAUGUAAAAUUUUGUGAGUUGUUUUUAUGUAUGAUUUUUUUUUUUUUUAGCAUUUUAUCAAUGGCUUGUAAAUAUAUAUUUGUCAAUGUGUGAUGUUUUUUAUAUAAAAAUAAUUAGUUGCUACCUAAUGCAAAAUGCUUUGACGAUGAUAUGUUUAAGGGAAAUUUUUUUUAUCUUCCAUAUUAUAGUGCCAAAUGAUUAACUUGAAAGCGCUGACCUUAAAUUUUUCCUUUUUUUUAAAUUAGGCAUUUUAAUAGCUUAAUUAUUAGCUAUCCUGCUUCAAAAUUUGUAGCACUUUGCUUUUUUUAUGAUAAAGAAAACAAAAAAGUAGUACUAUCUUAAAACCUUGAAAUUUUAAGAUUUUUGUUUGACAAAGGUUUGAAACCAAACCAUUUCAAGCAACAAUUACACACAUGACACAACUUUUUUUAUUAAUUAAGUUCUUAUAUUUUAUAAAUCUAUGCAGUUUAUGUAGGCUUUAAAAAAGAAUUUGAUAUCAAAAAAGUUUGAAACCGCAACCUCUGGUUUGAGGCAAGUACUGUAUGUAAAAGUUACUUUUUAGGUUUUUCUCUGAUUGUGCCUUUAAAUAACUGAUAUUACAAAUUGUAUUUCUAAUUAAUUGGCUGUAAUAAAACGUGCAUAUUUUUCUGAAAUAUUGUUGAAAGCUAGAAUAUGUAUAUAUUAGAUAUCUUCAUAGAAAUUUUCAGCUUUUACAACUAUCUGUGCAAAAAUCAAAAUUGCUUUAUAUGUUCUUGAAUUAUAUAUUUAUUUAUGGUUUUAAUUUGACUUGCUGUACCUGUAUUUUAAUACUAGCAUUUUUAAAACAAGUAUUUUUUUAUUAAUUUUUCGUUAUUUGGAAAUGAAUUUUGUAUUUUAAAAUUAGUUAAUAUAGUAAAUUUAUUUGUUUAAAUUAAAUUAAAAUUUUUUAUUUUAUUUUAAUAUAGAGAAAAGUUACAAGAAACAAAAAUGUAUAUUUAAUAAUUAAUGAUCAUGUUAAAUUAUCUUCAUGUAAUUUCUAAAAUUUUUCUAUUAUUAGAUUUUUUCCCCCUGAACUAUCUGUACUUUGUGUUAAAUUUAUUUGGCAGUGAAGAAGCAAAGAGUAUGCAGUAUUGGAACUGAGAACUAUAGUUCUAAUAUUCUUAUCAAUUCUAAUUGGAGGUAUUUAUUACAGUGGGAUAUUAAAGAUAAAAAUGGCGAACUUUUAUGAUAAUCAUAUUUUUUAACUUUAAUUACAAUUAUUUCUUUAAAAACUUAUUCAAUUUAAGAUAUUAGUUAAACUAAUGAUGUAUAAUGAUCAACUUCAAAUCUCUAGUUCUAGCAACUCUAUGCACAGAAUCUAAAAGACGAUAUAAAAUGAAUUAUAAGUAAGCAUAUUUUGACAAUAAGUUUAUUUUAUUUUUAAAAUUUCAACGUAUCUAUUUAAAUAUCAUAUGAUGGUGACACUAGAAAAAUUCAUUUGUAUUGCUGGUUAAUCCAUAUAUGUGUAAAAGUGCAAGAUAUUGAUAUAUUAAAAAUCUCAUAUGCUUUGCUUCACAAAAUGUUAGAAUAAUAGUAAAUGCUUAUUAGAAAAUAUUUUGCUGUAGUAUAUUUAAUAGAUCAUUUAAACAAUUUAUUAAUUCAUGAAACAAUAAAAUAAUUCAAUACCAUUUUUCACUGCAAAAGUUAAUUCUAAACAUUUUUAAUCAGGAGAAAUCUGGAUUUUUUUAAUUGCCAAUUUUAUAUUAAUUAUUGUUUUUUGACGGAAACAAGUUUUUCUAUUUAUAUAUAAAACUACUUGCUUCAAGUUUUCCUCAUUGUAACGAUCUUGUUUGAUAGAAAAACUCAACUGGUUUAGUCUUCCCCAGAAUCUUUUAUUUAAGACAAGAUCCUAAGUUCAUUUAAGUACACAAGUGUUCGCACAAACUCCUUUAACUGAUUUGGUUUAACAAACUAAUUUGGUUUUGUUUGUCAUUUAUUUAUGCAUUUAUUUUUUUAAUUUAACUAUAUUUGGUUAACUUCCAAGCACUGUUUAAAAUAAGACUUACAAAAAAUGUAACCUGUAUGCUUUAUGCCAUGUUUUUUCUGUAAGACUCAAUACCUCUAAAAUCUAGUGAAAUAUACAUAGUGUAUGCAAAUUUAUGUAUUAAACAAAUGAUGAGCUGGAAAAAUAAUUGCACAUGUGUAACAUGGCAAUAAAUGAAAUGUAACAUAAGUCUAUUACAAUGCAUGUAUUUUGAGUUUCUUUUUCUUUUCUUACCUGUUAGUCUGAUAUCUCAUUCCUAAAAUGCCAAUAUUGUUUUUGAUUAUCUUGUACAAUGAAAGCCAAAUUUCUUCUUGAUAUCUUAAUUUGAUGACGUUUUUAGACUUGGAUUACUUAUAGCAGCAUUUAUUACAGUAGUGUAUUAAAGAUGAAAAUUAUGAACUUCUAUGAUAAUCAUAUUUUUGAAUUUUAAUUACAAUUAUUUCUUUAAAAACUUAUUCAAUUUAAGAUAUUAGUUAAACUAAUGAUGUAUAAUGAUCAUCUUCAAAUCUCUAGUUUUAGCAACUUCAUGCAAAGAAUCUAAAAAAGAUAUUAUAAAAUAAUUUAUAAGGAAGCAUAUUUUGACAAUAAUUUUAUUUUAUUAUCAUUUUUUAAAUUUCAAAAUCUAUAUUUAUAUUUCAUAUGAUGGUGAUACUAGAAAAAUUCAUUUGUAUUGCUGGUUUAUGUGUAAAAAGAGCAAGAUGUUGGUAUAUUAAAAAUCUCUUAUGCUUUGCUUCACAAAAUAUUAGAAUAAUGGUAGAUGCUUAUUAGAAAAUAUUUUGCUCUAGUAUAUUUAAUAGUUCAAUACCAUUUUUUACUGCAAAAGUUAAUGCUAAAAAUUUUUAAUCAGUAGAAAUCUUCUGGAUAUUUUAAAACCUCAAUUUAUAUGAAUUAUUGUUUUUUUUUUUAGAGAGACAAGUUUUUCUAUUUAUAUAUAAAACUACUUGCCUUAAAUUUUCCUCUUUGUAAACAUCUUGUUUGAUAGAGAAACUCAAUUGUUUUAUUCUUCCCCAAAAUCUUUUAUUUAAGACAAGAUCAUAAGUUCAUUUUAGUACCCAAGGGUGUGUUCACACAAACUCUUUUAACUGAUUUGGUUGAACUAACUAAUUUGGUUUUGUUUGUCAUUUAUUUAUGCAUUUAUUUUUUAAUUUAACUAUAUUUUGUUAACUUCCAAGCACUAUUUAAAAUAAGACUUAUAAAAAAUGUAACCUGUAUGCUUUAUGCCGUGUUUUUUCUGUAAGACUCAAUACCCCUACAAUCUAGUAAAAAAUAAUAAAAUUUACAUAGUGUAUAAAUAAUAAAAUUUACGUGAUUGCACUUAUGUAACAUGGCAAUCAAUGAAAUGUAACAUAAGUCUAUUACAUAAUAUAAUUUGAGUUUUUUUGUCUUUUAUCACCAGUAAGUCUGAUAUCUCAUUCCUAAAAUGCCAAUAUUGUUUUUUAUUAUCAUGUAUAAUGAAAGCCAAAUUUCUUAUUGAUAUCUUAAUUUGAUGACGUUUUUAAAGACUGAGAUUACUUUUUUAAAAUCAUUUAAAAAAUGGCCAACAAUUUGAGAAAUCGAUAGAGAUGAUAUAAUUGUACAAUUCCUUGUGUUCUGCAUAGAAAUACUUCAUCAUGUUUUGAAAUUCAUCUGCAAUACUAUAUAAGAAAAGCUACAAACAAUGUUUUAAAAUUUGCCAUGAUUUACAGCAACAUGGUGUUAUCUGAGGACACCCAUGCAAAUAUUUUAUUUGAAAUGGCCUUUUCUGUUCACAAACGCCAUCUUUUGGUAAACUUAGUAAUUAAUUUCAAUACUUGGUGAUCAUAAAGUAACUGGUUUACUAAGCAGAAUGCGCUGCACAUAUGUGUCUUCUUCCACUUUUCUUUAAAGAAUUUUGUGAAUUGUUGAUAAUUUUUGCCACACCUAGUAUUGUUCCAUUGUAACUGUUAAUCUCUAACUUAAUGUAGUAAUAAUUUUUAUUUAAUGGCUUGAUUGCACAAUUUUGCAUGAAAAAUAUUAUCUCUACUAUAUUAUCUCCGAAAGUUUGAAAAGUAUAACUCAUAAUCUCUGAUUUCCUGUUGCUCUAGUCCUAGUUUUUACAAGUUUGGAAUUUGAUAGAUAUUCUUGAAUUUUACUGAUAAAAACAGUUCAAAUUGUGUUUUGGUAAAAUUGCUUAGUUUAGAAGUGUGUUAUUGUGCGUUUUAAGUAGGCUAGUGAGAUUAGUGUUCUGAGGUUGUCUGGCAUGUUAAUAAAUAAUGAUGAAUAAAUUUCAAUUAAAUUAUGUUUUUGAUCUCGUUUACAUUAAUAUUUUUAAUGGUGCAUUUUUCUUAAUUUUUUUAUUUACUUUUUGAAGUAUUUAAAAGUUAUGAGGUUAUUAGACUUUUGAAAAUGAACAAGUUUUAAUUCAUUUAUUUUCUAAAUUCAAUAAAAAUAUGUAGUAAUAUUUACUAAAUUUAGUAAUUUUUAAAUUAGAUUCUCUUUUAAUUAACGUUUCUCUGGGAAAUACUUCUCUUAAGCCUUUAAAAUACUGGAAAACCCUAUAAAAUUGCUGUAAAAUAAAUUUUAAAAUCACUUCUUAUGAUAUAUACUAACCAAAUCUGUUGAUUAUUCUGAUAAAAUGUUUUCCAUUUUUAAGAAAAGAUAUGUUAUAUGAGUUAUUUAUUAUUCAUAACUAAGUUGGUGACUACAAUAAAUUUCACAAAGUUUCAUAAAAUUAAUAAUUUUAAAUUGGUUUUUUUGAAUAAAAAUUGAAAUUUACUUGUAAUCAGUUGACAUAAAAAAUUAAUCAGUAUUAUCAUCUUAGCUUUUUACGUUUGAUAUGGUAAACAGCUAAGUGAUGAAUAGUAGCCAUUUUAUCAUAUUAAUGAAAUGGUUUGAUUAGUAUGCAUUGUCAGUUAUUUGCAGACAUACUAAAUCAAGAUACUAAUUGCAACAUAAUUUUCGAUAGUAUUCUUUUGUGUCAGUUCUGAAAAAAUUAUUGCUAAUAUAAUUUAAUUUUUAUUAUCUAUUUAAAAGCUUUAUUACUUAUUUAUUGCAUAUGAAUGAUGGCUAAACAAUGUAAAUUGUAGUUUUAUGUGUCUAGGAAUUAUCUUUUUCAUCUUAAGCUUUAAAAUUUAUUGUGUAACUUUUUAUAUGAUCACUCAAUUUUUAGCAGUUCUAAAAUUGAAUAAAACAGUUCCCUAACAUUUUAUAAGCAUCUGUUGUGAAAAGAAAGCGUUUCAUACAAAAUAUAUAAAGAACGCAAAGUAUUAUACAUUUUUGUAGAAAUUUACUUAACUGCACACUGCCAUGAUGCAUUUAUUACAUUCUCAAUUUUUAUUGCCUUUUAUCUUCAUAAUACAAUCAUUGAUAUUUUUUCGGGUAGAAAGGUCUUCACGAUUUUAAAAAAAAAUGCAUCAAAGUAUGUAUAAUAGUUUUGCUGCGAAAUACUUUUUAUACUUGUACUAUCAAAAAUUGUUUUAUUCUUUUUAAGAACAAUUUGCUCAUUUUAUGUGACUUUUUGAAUUAUAUGCAGUAGGACCUCAAUUAUCCAAAGUAGUUAAUCAAAGACCUUUGUUUAAUGAAAAUAUUGGGAUUUUACACUACAGUCAACUGUAAAAAGUUAUUUGAUAAUUAUAGUGUUAUAUUGUUUAUAAGUUUAAUUAAGUAAUUGUUCAAUUGGUACAAAAAUAUUUUAUAUUAAAAUUCAGCUGUGUUGUUGCUCUUAAGUCUUUUUUUUUAUUGACUUUUUUUUUCAAUAAACUACGUGUAUGAAGCAUAAUAUAAUUCUAAAUUAUUAUUCGAUUUCACUUCUUUUUAAGUUUUGCAAAAUUUUCUUUUAUUUCAUUGCACAGAACACUUUUUUUAGUAGAAAUAAAAGCUGUGCUUGCCAAGUAAUAAUGAAAAGAUGAAGGAAAUAUCGAAAAUUACGACCUUCCCGUUUCUUUAACUAAACCAAAAGAACAAUCUUUUUCUUUUUUUUCUUUCUUUUUUUUCUUUCUUUUUUUUCCACUUAUAAAGUGAUAAAUUCUAUAUAGUCAUGCAGUUCAAAAUAAAAAAAGUUUUUUUCAUUUUGAAGGCUUCAUGUAUAUCUCAGAAUUAUAGCUGCACACUAUUUAAAUCAAGAGAAGAAAUAAAUAAAUGAAAAAAGGCUUAAAAGGUAUUGAUUUUGCACCAUAAAACUGUAUUGUAUGUCACUAUAUUUGGAUAAUCUAGAUUCUACUGUAUAUUCAUUUUACUAUGAUUAGCUUUUAAUCUUUAUCUCAAAGUAAAUGGUUUGUACAAUGAUAUUCUUACUAGCUCCCAGCAGAUUGUUUCAAUUUGUAACUUUAUUCUGAAACAUAAGCACUUGAUUUUUUUAAAAUAGUUUUAUAAAGAAAGAAGCCUCUGUUUAAAAUUGUACAAUAUUUGCCAUUUUCAGUAUUUUUAAUAAUUUUUUCCCUUUCAUGAUAUUACUUAAUACCUUUAUGGCUACUGAAUUACAGUCUUGAAGCAAAAAAAAAAAAGAAUUUUAACCCAUAUUUGUAAAAAAAAAAAAAAGGAAGAAUCUGAAUAUGUCUUGCUAUUAUCUAAAAAGAAAAAAAUUAGUAGAAGCCUUUACAAAUUAUAUGUGAUAGUUAAUCAGAGAAAAGUGUUAUUUUUACAUUGUAUUAUAAGACAUGUUUGAAAAUAAAGUAAAUAGAUUUCUCA